GAUAAAGCCUGGAUCUGAAACAGCAUGUACCAGAUUUGCAGCUGUUAAGCUGAAAAGAUCUAGAUGAAGAUUGAAAAGCAUCCUUGUUUUAGGAAUUCUGUGCACCAAGCACAGGAGAGGAAAGAACAAGUAAAGAGAACACAGGAAUCAUCACUUCUGCAUACAGACUGCCUGAAUUAAUCUUUAGCUUUAAGCCUCGAGGAAGAAUAGGCUGUACCAAUAGUUUAUCAUAAAUGUAUCCUAAUUCAGGCUUCAGAUUAAAGUAGGUUAAUCCAACAAGCCGCUAAAAUCAAAAGCGUGAUGGAAAUUUGAUGAGUUAGGACUGUCACAUCAGCUCCAGUGUAACAUGGUGACAUCAAGACAACUCAGUGUAUACCAAUGCGUAAGUUCAUCAGUGUUACAAGGCAGUUUGAUUCCUAAAGCAACUGAAUUAAAACCCUCUGAAAGUUUGGCUGGAAAGCAUCCAUGGAUGAACUAAACUGGUUUGCUUUAAGCAAACUGAAAAUUAACUGGUUUGUAGUUCAGAGAAGAGCAUAACUGAGAAAAUAUGAAAUCCUACUUGAGGAUGAAAGCAGAAUUGAAGAAGACAGUUCUGAAGCCAGGCUGGGCUGCUGCGGAGAUGGCACUCUGCUCUGACUCAUUGGGCUCUACUGUGCAGCCAGUAUGAAAUUUAAAAAGGUUCAGUUGUGGCUAUAAAAAAUAUUACUGAAACAAGUCAUGGAUUGGGAACUUAAAAUAGUGAAGGAAAAGGAGGAAAAGAUCUUGACAUUUCUUCAGUGAUCCUGAAUGAAGAAGAAACAGGCACCCAGAAAUAACCAAGCCACUACCAAACACUUUCUGAUCUGCUACUACGUGUUUAAGCUGUGUCAAAGUGGUGAUUUACAAGGAUUUCUAUCCCUCAGAUCUGAAUACAGAAAGGUAUAAAAUGCAUCCAAGGAAAAUAAAGUACCAGGACGUUGAUCAUCUCAUCAUUCUACAUACAGAUUUAUUUCUCCAUACAAAGCAAAUCUGACGUCAGCUGGUUCCGAGGUGAUCUCACAAGUGACCCUUGUCCACUCUUCAUUCCAUCCAGGAAUGACGUCCACCCCUCGUCCAGCAUCACAGAAUAAGAACUUCAGAGGAAGGAAUGCAACUUCAUAAAUAGCAAACCACAGACACUAAUGGGGAGCAGAGGCAAACCUGCAGGUUAAAAUUCCUUGCAAGAGAAGCCCAUAGAUCCACACUGCCUGGAGAUUCAGAGAUGAUCUCAGCUCUAGCCUUCGUUUUCCUCCUCUGCAUCUCCUGCCCUUUUUCAUCAUGUCAGCAGCGAAGGGCUGGAGGUGAAGUUGGGCCAGAAAUGCUGGAAGAGAUGAGAGAAACUAACCGUGUGCUAAUGGAAGUUCGAGAGUUGCUGAAGCAGCAGAUUAAGGAGAUAACAUUCCUGAAGAAUACAGUCAUGGAGUGUGAUGCCUGUGGCAUGCACACCGAGGCCACAGGCCCUGUCAUCACCGUGACACAGUUUAACAGAUGCCUCCCCAACUCCUGCUUCCCUGGCGUGGCCUGCACCGAAACCGGCACCGGCUUCCGCUGUGGACCCUGUCCCCCGGGUUAUUCAGGCAAUGGCACCCACUGCACAGACAUCAAUGAGUGCAAUGCAAACCCCUGCUUCCCGAAGGUCCAGUGCAUUAACACCAGCCCUGGCUUCCGCUGUGAUCCCUGCCCUCCUGGCUUCACCGGCCAGAUGGUCGAAGGGGUUGGACUGACCUAUGCGAGAGCCAACAAACAGGUUUGUACUGACAUCAAUGAAUGUGAGACAGGCGCUGCCAGAAACUGUGUCCCCAACUCCAUCUGCAUCAACACACGGGGAUCCUACAAAUGCGGGGCUUGUAAACCUGGCUUUGUUGGGGACCAAGUGAAUGGCUGCAAGAGCCAGUCAGUGAGACGCUGCCCUAAUGGAGAGAUCAGCCCGUGCCACGAGAAAGCAGAAUGCAUCGUGGAGCGCGAUGGGUCCCUCUCCUGCGCGUGCCUCGUGGGGUGGGCAGGGAACGGCUACGUGUGCGGGAAGGACACGGACAUUGAUGGAGUCCCUGAUGAGAAGCAACGCUGCUCAGACAAAAAGUGCCGCAAGGAUAACUGCAUGACUGUCCCCAACUCCGGCCAAGAGGAUGCUGACAGGGAUGGAAUUGGAGAUGCUUGUGAUGAUGAUGCUGAUGGAGAUGGGAUAUUAAAUGCUGAGGACAACUGCGUGUACACGCGCAACGCAGACCAGCGCAACAUGGACAAGGACAACUUUGGGGAUGCCUGUGACAACUGUCGCCAAGUGAAGAACAACGAUCAGAAGGACAUUGAUGGUGAUGGGAAGGGAGAUGAGUGUGACGAUGAUAUGGAUGGAGAUGGGAUCAAAAACCCCAUGGACAACUGUAAAAGAGUUCCUAACCCUGAUCAGAAAGAUGCCGAUGGUGACGGAGUAGGAGACAUGUGUGACAGCUGCCCCACAGUCAGUAACCCAGACCAGAAAGAUACCGACCAUGAUCUGGUGGGAGACGUCUGCGACACCAACCAGGACAGCGAUGGAGAUGGGCACCAGGACUCACGGGAUAACUGCCCAUCAGUGCCCAACAGCUCCCAGGUGGACACAGACAACGAUGGGCUGGGAGAUGAAUGUGAUGAUGAUGAUGAUGAUGACGGGAUUCCAGAUGAGAAACCUCCAGGCCCUGACAACUGUCGGCUUGUCCCUAACCCUGGCCAAGAAGACUCGGAUGGUGAUGGUGUGGGAAACCUCUGUGAAGAUGACUUCGACAGAGACAUGGUGAUUGACAGGAUUGAUGUGUGCCCAGAGAACGCAGAGGUGACCCUAACGGACUUCAGGGCUUUCCAGACAGUUGUACUGGACCCUGAAGGCGAUGCACAGAUUGACCCCAACUGGAUUGUCCUCAACCAGGGCAUGGAAAUUGUCCAGACCAUGAACAGUGACCCUGGCCUGGCCGUAGGUUACACGGCCUUCAAUGGAGUGGACUUUGAGGGCACAUUCCAUGUCAACACUGCCACAGAUGACGAUUACGCUGGUUUCAUAUUUGGCUACCAGGACAGUUCCAGCUUUUAUGUGGUCAUGUGGAAGCAGAUGGAGCAGACAUACUGGCAGGCAAACCCCUUCCGAGCAGUAGCAGAACCUGGAAUUCAACUGAAGGCAGUGAAGUCUAAAACAGGCCCAGGGGAGUACCUCCGCAAUUCCCUGUGGCACACAGGGGACACCACAGACCAGGUCAAGCUGCUCUGGAAGGACCCUCGCAACUCCGGCUGGAAGGACAAGACCUCGUACCGCUGGUUCCUGCAGCACCGGCCCCAGGUCGGCUACAUCAGAGCUCGUUUCUAUGAAGGACCUGAAGUAGUAGCAGACACUGGAGUUGUCCUUGACACAACCAUGCGAGGAGGCCGCCUGGGAGUCUUCUGCUUCUCCCAGGAGAACAUCAUUUGGUCCAACCUGCGUUACCGCUGCAACGACACCAUCCCAGAAGACUACGAAACAUUCCGAGUUCAGCAAGACUAAGGCCUGAUGUCGAGAUGUGUCCAGCCUUGCUUUGAGCCCCUGCUCAGCUGCCCCACUAUCGCUCCUGUAGCCCCUAUGAGGAACUGUAAGUAACGUACCACUGCGGCAUCACCCAGCAUCUCUCCCACCACAGCAGCUGCCUUAUACACUCCAAACCCUGCUGGCACGGCCGUGGUGUAGCCAGCGAGUGUGAACAGAGCCCAGGCUGCUGUAAACACGAGCUCUCUACACACCAUGGAUGCGCUGGGAAGCUGCUUGCUGUAGCUGGGAUUGAGUCAGCCUCGUGUGGAUGAUUCCCAGGGGUAUUUUCCCUACUCAGAGGCUCUCGAGUGUGAAUGUUUUCCUUGUCAAGCAAACCCAGCCCCAGUCUGAAAAGGACACAGGGAGCAGCCCGUGUACAAACUGCUCACAAAACAUUAAAAAAAAGCACUUUAAGGAGAGUGUCUUUGUUCUGGAAUGUUGGAUAAUAAAUACUUGGAAUGUUGGAUCAUAAA